AUGUCUAUUGUUCCUAUAGCAAAUACCGUUCUUGGCGAGAAGUAUUGCAGCGAUAAACAAAAAAAAUCUCAAGAAAAACUUAUAACAAUGAAAUUGUUCCUCCCUUUGAUUGCUUUGACCUUGCUAUGUGCCUUGGCUUCGGCGGGUCCUGUCAACAAUGGCCAAUACCAGCCAGAUAACUACUAUAAUGGACGUUACUACAAGAAUCGCGACUUCUAUAAUCAACGUCGUUACUAUGAUGCUCUCUUGAAGCAAUACAAAGCCGGUGUAGCUGCCAAGGAGUCGCGCAUUGUGGAACAGAAAGUAGUGCCGGCUGUUGAUGGCAACUUUGCCUAUCAAUUUGAUACUGAAAAUGGCAUCCAUGUUGAUGCUCAAGGCAGCAGUGUCAAAGUGGGUACCCUCGAUGAGGGCCAAAAGAUUGAAGGUUCCUUUGCCUAUAUCACACCAGAAGGUCUACGAGUUGGUGUCCGUUAUACAGCCGAUGAAAAUGGAUAUCAUCCUGUAUACACAUACGAUGGAAUUGAUGCUGUCCGAUAUGCCAAUGCCCUGCCUCCAUCGGAUGUAGAAAUCACUAAAAUUAAUUAG